ACAGUUCGCCGAGGGUUUGCACUUCAGUGCUUUUCAUUUCAUCAAUUGGCUGCUCCCAACAAUAAUUUUUGGUGCACGGAGCUUUCUUGAAACACUCAGUCAUAGUCAUUCAACAAGCAUUGUGAUUUUGAUACUUUUUGCUAUAAUGUCUGGAAGUAAAUUUGCCAGAGGUUAGCUAAACAUUCAUCUUUGCUAUCACACCACAAACCUGUAAAGUCAACCCCCUAUUAUAAUGGAUAUUUUUUUGUUCUUUUGCAGCUCUGAAGACAUGUAUCUACAGUAAUACACCAGAAACUGAUGGUGGUAGUACUUCCACAGCGCCGUUUACUCGGCCAAUGGAGGGGUUCACCCACGAGGCAGAUGAUUCCCCUGUACCCAGAGAACUGAGGCUUGUCGCCAUGCACCUGCCAGACUGGGAAGACAUUGGAAGAGAUCUCGACUUGGACCAAGCCACGCUGGACCAGUGCAAGAAAUCAAACAGGACCACAUUUGAAAUGGCACACCAAAUGUUAAUGAAAUGGAAAGAAAGGGUAGAAGGAGAAAAUGAAAAAAUGUCCAGAACACAUCUGAUCAAAGUAUUGAUGAGACGAAAAUGUAUUAGCGCUGCUGCAUUUCUGAAGUUUGGUGAGACUGAUCAUUAUUGGAAAUAGGCUGCAUUAUAAUUAUAUACUAUUCUUAGGGUUUAUAAUUUAUUGUAUUAGGAAAAUAUUACACAUGCAGGCAUAAUUAUUGGAAUCAUUGCAAUUUAGUAUGCAUAGUUCUUGCACAAGUACUUCAUUGACCCUCAGCGUGCAUGUGCAGCGACGGUUAUAUACGGUUUGUCCGGUCUGUCUGUCAUUCUGUCUGUAAUUG